AUGGCGGAAGAUCUCAUCGACUUCAAUGUGAUUGAGUCGCAUAAGGAGAACAUCCAGGCCCUUCCGAGCGGCCGGUCCGCAAAGGCGCUGGCGCAGCUCUAUUCACCACCGCUGCUCGGCGCGAACCCAUCGCCCGCCGCAACGAACCCGGAGCACAUCAAGAAGCGCGCGGAGUUUGAGACGGAGCUGGCAAAUAUUGACGAAGCCGACGAUCCACUUGAUGUUUAUGACCGAUACGUGAAAUGGACAAUGGACGCGUAUCCCUCUAUCCAAGCGACACCGCAAUCGCAGCUCCUGCCACUGCUGGAGCGCGCCACCAAGGCAUUCCAAUCUUCACCACAUUACAAGAACGACCCGCGAUAUCUUAAAAUAUGGCUCCACUACAUCCGACUAUUCUCAGAUGCGCCACGCGAGGCAUUCGUCUUUCUCGCGCGCCACAACAUCGGCGAAGGUCUCGCAUUGUAUUAUGAGGAAUUUGCUGCAUGGCUCGAGAAUGCAGGAAGAUGGAGCCAGGCGGAGGAGAUCUACAAGAUGGGUCUGGAAAAUGAAGCGCGGCCUGCUGAGCGCCUGAUGCGCAAAUUUGGAGAAUUUGAGCGAAGAAAGGACGCUCAACCACAAGACACCGCUGAACCUUCAAGUCCAGCUCUGCCUGCAGUGCGACCGGCUUUGGCCGCGAAAGUUGAUCCGUUCGCAGCGGUAUCACCUACAUCAGCGCCCACGCAAGGCCAAGGGAGCGGCCCAAAGAAGCCCAAAGGAUCCAAAAUGGCCAUCUUCUCGGACGGCGACGCCCCUUCUCGACCAGAAUCCGGUAGUAGUUCUACAGGAUGGGACGAUAUCGGGCUUCUUGCAGACCGCAAGAAGGAGAAUUCGGUUGCAGCAAAGCCGUGGGCAGGGGAGAAGCUUGGAGGUGGCAAAACGAAUCGUGGCAUGGAGAAGAUGAUGAUCUUCAAAGACCAGUCAUCACGUCUCGCGUCAAUGCCGAAGCAUUUUUCUCGUCAGGACUCGAAUAGUCGUCACGCUCAACAGUGCGUCUUGAACGACAAGACUGGUAGGCUUGAAUGUGUAUUCGUCAAUCUCGAGGCUGUCUACCCUGAAKCUGGAAAUUUAUCUGUUGAGUUCUGUUUUGAGGAGCUUAGAGCAAGGCAUCGCGGGUUGUUGAGUAAGGACUGGAGGACAUCAAAGAUUGCACAAAAAGCGCCCAGUCCUCGCGCUGAACCAUUCAAGAUUCUCGAAGAUGAAUCACAAUCUCAAGAGAGCUCUGUUGAUGAGCUCCAGUCACAGCCGCUGCAGCAGCCUCUAAAGUCAAAGGACAGAGGAUUCAAAAUCUUCGAAGACACACCACUGGACAGCCAAGAGUCAAGGCCAGAGAGCCAGAGCAACGUCCCAGUCAAGACACUCGCCCUCAAUGAUGAGAAUGACGAGAACACUCCCCCUUCGCGGCAAGAAGUUGACUUGGCGAAGAAGGCCAGACGAGAGGAGAGAGCCAACAGGACGAGGAAGAUCAAAGUUAUGGAUGUCAAGCACAUCAAAAACGAGACCAAGACGAUUCAGCUAAACAUGGACUCUCCCACUGGGCCCAAGAUCAAGAAGAGAAAGUCAAUUGCACCUGAGCCGACGAUGACGAUCAACACGAAAGAAGCAAUGGACGAGAUCUACGGCAUCUUCUCCCAGCCGUUGCAGCAAGCUCCCUCUGAGCCGACUGAUGGCGAAGACGACGAAGAAGAAGAGAGUAGUGGUGAUGAGACCGACUACACGACCGGCGACGAGAGCACUGCUACCGGAAAGCUGUCUGCAGUCGCCAGCGAGUAUGGCGAUGAGACUCGGAACGAGUUGAUGGGUGCCCAGCAGUCCGACCACGUUGAUGAUGGGGACAACACAGGAUGGUCAGACUUCACCACCAGCAAGCAUGUGCCGCAAGAAGACRAAAGCGCCGAUUCUUCAACACAGAGCACAGUGCAUGACACAUAUGCCGAUGAAGAGGAAGACAUCACCACACCGGUGAAUGAUGAAGACCCGCAAACACGAUACGUGCCUCUGCCGCCAGAGGACUACGAGCCUCCGGUCAGCCACAUGCGUGACAUGUCAAUCAUUCCCAAUCAUCGUCUACCUUUCAUGACUCCCAUAGUCGAACGAACUGAGUCCUCCCUGGGAGUGGCCACUGCUCGGACAGAGAAAGACUACUUCGGUGCAAAGACUCCAAGCAGAAACCUUGGUACGCCCGAAGAGUUUGAGGACGAUGAUGAGCCCUGUAGCAGUCCGUUUCAAGAUGUGCUCGCUGACAUGGCGGAAGACAAGCGCAGAGUGUUGCAGCCGAUCCGUACAAAGAGCACGAAAGGCACUAUAGCUUUGGGACAAGGCACAGCCAAAUCACAAACAGAGGCCAAGAGAGAAGAGCCAGAGUCCGGCAUCCAGAAAGGACCCAUCAUCAAAGACGACCAGUGCAACCCAAUGGAUCCUUUCCUUCGACAGACCAUCCUUUCGCAGAUGAAACCUUCGCUAUCGUCGUUCGAGGGCUAUCACGAGCACCUCGAAACAAGCUGUGGACGCUCGGCAGAGAUCAAGAAGUAUGUCCGCACGCUYUCCAAGGCCAGUAGGAAUAGUGUCAACGUAGACAAGACAGCACAGACUCUUUCGACACCCCCGGUCAUUGACCUUCCCGGAGCUCAGGGCACAUACAUCGUGAAGAGAGAGCUGGGAGCCGGUACCUUCGCUCCAGUUUAUCUGAUCGAAAACAGCGCCGCCGCUGCGAUCGAAGAAGAAGAUGACGAGAACGCACCUGCUUCACGUGUAGGCAAGACUGCACACCGGAGAGCUCUCGAAGCCGUCAAGAUGGAAGAACCAGCUAGUACCUGGGAGUUUUACAUUCUGCGGCAAUCGCACAGAAGACUGGGAGUUAGCCGUGCCGCAGAAUCGAUGGUUCGCGCCCAUGAGAUGCACCUCUAUCGCGACGAAUGCUACCUCGUCGAAGAGUUUCGAGAUCAAGGAACACUGCUUGACCUCGUCAACCUCGCGCGUCUCGAUAGCGGCAAUGGAGGUGGUAUGGAUGAGAUGAUGGCGAUGUGGUUCACUGUUGAACUCCUCCGUGUCACUGAGGCUAUGCAUAGCAAGCAGCUCAUCCAUGGUGAUCUCAAAGGCGAUAACGUCUUGGUGCGGUUCGAUGAUCCCGGAUUGGAGACGGAUUGGUCAGCUACAUACUUUCCGWGUGGUGCUCACGGCUGGUCUAGUAAGGGUGUCUGUCUCAUCGACUUUGGUCGUGGUAUCGACAUGAGGCAUUUCAAGCCCGACGUCGCUUUUAUCGCGGACUGGAAGACCUCUGAAGCAGACUGCGCCGAAAUGCGUGAGCUGCGACCUUGGACAUAUCAAAUCGACUAUCACGGCCUUGCGGGAAUCGUACACAGUUUGCUGUUUGGGAAAUACAUGGAGACUGUUGGGGAGAAGGGCGCGAGUCUGGGACAGGGCGCAACGAAGACAUACAGGAUCCGAGAGAAUUUCAAGCGAUAUUGGCAAACGGAGAUAUGGACAGAGGUCUUCACACUUUUGCUCAGUCCGCUGACGAGAGUCGAGGCCGAGGAAGGCAAGAAGAUGCCAGUUCUCAGAGGUAUGAGAGCGUGCAGAGAGAGGAUGGAGGUUUGGUUGGAGGAGAACUGUGAGAGGGGAGUAGGAUUGAAGGGAAUGAUUUCAAGGAUGGAGGGCGCCAUUCGCGAGAGGAAAAGGAAGAGCACGAAGUCGAGUCAGUGA